AUGUCGUUCAGUCUCGCUACCCCAGUCAACACAGCGCUCCUUCUCUACAUUUUGUAUCAAGCACAGCGUAUCCUCAUUCCCUCGACCAAAGUCCCAUCCCAAACGCCCUCGGAAUUCAAGUCCGGCUACUCAUGGAUGCCCAAGUCGCAUCCACCAACCCUUCUCUAUACCACCUACACCCCGAAGACUCUUGAGCCUUUCAACGGCCGCGACGGCGGCAGGAUACUGCUUGCUAUUGACGGCACUGUCUUUGAUGUGACAGCUGGCCGAAACUUCUACGGACCUGACGGGAUGUACGGGAACUUCGCCGGCCGCGACGCCUCUCGUGGCAUGGCGAAGCAGUCAUUCGACGUCGAAAUGUUGACGGACAUCGACAAGCCAUUGGACAAGCUUGAUGACCUAACUCCAGAGGAAAUCGAGAACAUGCGAGGCUGGAUCGAGCACUUCUCCGGGAAGUACAUCAUCUGCGGCAAGCUUGUGGAGAACGACGCCGCCUGA